ACAUGUUAAGACCAUGCUGCUGUCUCCGCUGGCAGAGAGGAACUGGGAGGAUCUGUGUUUGAUGCUUGAAGAUGUGCUGGAGGACCAGUCCCACAGGCAGCUGUUUGCCUUAGAACUGGGCUCUGGAACUGGGCAGCAUGUCAUACGCUUUGCCCAGAAGAUGCCCUUUGUUACCUGGCAGCCAUCAGACAUCAAAGAAGACUCUCUGGAAAGUAUUAAGGCAUACAUUGCUGCAACCCAUGCAAAGAAUGUGCUGCAGCCUGUCCACCUGGAUGCCAGCGAACCGUGGGAGAAAUGGGCAGGCCUUUCUCACAACUCCUGUGACGUUAUUAUCGCCAUUAACUUACUGCAAUACAGCUCAUUUAAAACAGCACAGAGUGUUUUUACUGGAGCAGGUCAGAUCCUCAGGCAAAAUGGCCUUUUGAUAACAUAUGCGGUGUAUGCUAUCAAUGGCACCAUUACACCAGUGUGUAAUGAACACCUGGAUGCAGAGCUUCGACAAAUAAAUCCAGAGUGGGGUCUUCCGGACGUCGAUGUGCUGAGACAGCUGGCCUAUGGGAACGGGAUGCGCAUGGAGAGGAUGAUUGAGAUGGAAGAAUACUACAAGUGCCUCAUCUUCAGAAAACUUUAA